GAGGAGCUCCCUCAGCUCAGAAUCUCAGAAGUCAGCAGCAGCAGCAGCAAAGAGGCGAUAAGUAGUAGCCGUGCCGGUACGCGCGUCUCCCGCUCCUCUCCCUUGCCAAAACCACCCAAAAGCAUAGCGACACCCCAGAAGCCGCCAGCCACGUACGCACCGCCGAGAGCGAGCAGGUCGUAGCUGAGCCAGCCAUCCGCCCGCCCGCGACCAUGAGCACACUAGUAGACGCGCUGUGCGCCCCCAGCGACACCGCGCUCAUCUACGACACCUUCAACGCCUCCGCCACUGCGAGCUUCCUCUUCGACAAUGCCGCCGCUGCAUUCUGCGACGCUGGCAUUAUCGGCGGCGGCGCGGCGCCGGUUCUGCCGGCCGACGACGCGGCUGGGCUGGGCGCGCGAACAGGGGCGAAGGAGGCGACGUCGUCGGCCGCCCAGCCGAGGAGGAAGCGGCGGCGCCGCGCCAAGAGCUGCAAGUCGAGGGAGGAGACGGAGACCCAGCGGAUGACGCACAUCGCCGUGGAGCGCAACCGCCGGCGCCAGAUGAACGAGUACCUCGCCAUCCUCCGGUCGCUCAUGCCGGAGCCAUACGUCCAGAGGGGCGACCAAGCGUCGAUCGUUGGGGGGGCAAUAGAGUUCGUCAAGGAGCUCGAGCAGCAGCUGCAGUCGCUGGAGGCGCAGAAGCGAACGCUGCUCCCUCACCACAAGUCGAAAUGCGACGACGCGAUGCCGACGCAUAACGGCGGCGGCAGCAACGCCGGCGGCGGCUGCAUGGAGUCCACGACUACGAGCAACUGCAGCAGCAGCGUCACCGAGGACGCGCAGCACGUCGACGCGCCCCCGUUCGCGCAGUUCUUCGCGUACCCGCAGUACGUGUGGUGCCACUCGCCGCGCGACUCCGCCGGCGCCACCGCGGCGUCGUCCUCGUCUUCAUCGCCGACCGCGGGGCUCCAGGCCGAGCACCGCUCCGGGCUGGCCGACAUCGAGGUGAGCCUGGUCGAGACGCACGCCAGCAUCCGUGUCAUGUCGCCGCGGCGGCCGGGGCAGCUGCUCAAGAUGAUCGCCGGCCUGCAGGCGCUCCGGCUCACCGUGCUGCACCUCAACGUCACCACGCUGGGCUCCCUGGUGCUCUACUCCCUCAGCGUCAAGGUGGAGGAAGGGUGCAAUCUGACAACGGUAGACGACAUCGCUGCGGCGGUGCACCACGUGCUCUGCAUCGUCGACGCGGAGGUCGCCUCGGAGCAGCUCCUCGCGGCGGGGCAACUGGCCGCGACGGCGACGGCGACGGCGAAGAGAGAACAGGCGGCGUACAUGUACUGAGCUGCUCCAGGGUGCUACGGCGCUGCUUGUGUGGUCGCGCGUGUGCCGCGCUCCCGUGUUCUAUUUUAGGCUCGUGACGUUUUUGCUGUGUACUGGGGUGCUAGUGGCCCGUCAGAUUAGAUGUAGAUGCAAAUGCUAUGUGUGCAGUAAUUUCGAGCGUUUCUCCCUGUUUCUCUUUAUGAAAACAGAAUGUUGCAUUGCUGUACAGUUUCGUGCCUCGCCUUUCUGUAAUAACAGCGACUAGUGAUCCAUCAUCUCGAGCUUAGAACUGUCCUGACAUCGGACGGAACAGCUUGAGAUUCGUAUGAUCCAAAAUGGGCCUAAUGAGGUUUCCGAUCUUUAUA